AUGGCCAUUGUUGAUGUUGAUGAUUCUUUCAAGAGACCAGGAACUGUACCUUUUAGCUGGGAGAUCCGACCCGGAGUGCCAAAAACCCGGCCCGGUAAUAACACCACCAUCACAACUAGUCUUCUUCUUCUUCAACCACACAAGAAACUCUCUCCUCUCCGAUUAAAACCAUUGUCUCACUCACAAUCACUUCUUCUUCUUCCUCCGGCGUUAUCUCCACCGUCUUCUUCUUUCAUAUCAAAUUCAAAAACCCGUCCUUUAUCUCCUCUCACUCCUCCUUCAUUCUCUACUACACCAUCCAAACUCAAACCACCACCACCGUCGCAUCAAUCUGGAUUCUAUUACUCUCCGGGACCUUCUUUCCGAUCAUCUCCACGUGCUUUCUCUGAAAGGUGGCAGCUUCACCGUCCAAACCGGGUCAACCCCAGAUCCGAGUCCGAAUCCGAACCAAGACACGAUUUUGCUGUUCCUGGGCUCGGGUGUUUCCCGUCGCCCAAGUUUAGGUUGAGGAAGAACAAGAACGGUGGUCGGAGAAAAACCGGGUCUAGAUCGGAGAAUGAGUACUGUUCCGAUAUGGAGACGAUGUCGCCGUGGACUGUUUCUAGCCGGAGAUCGGUUUCUCCGAGAUGGGAGUCGCCCAAGUCGUCGUUUUCUUCGCUUCGAUUCUCGCCACGUAUCGCCAACGAAGCUGAAUGGGUCGGAUUUGGGCUCUUUUGA